AUGUCAACUACAUAUACAACAUUAGAUAAAAGAGCAAUCACUAUUCCAAAAGCAGAGACACGUGAAAAGAAUUCAAAAAAGUUUACUGAAUACAUUAUUGAUAUAGUUGUUGAAAAUGGUGAGGAAUAUAAAUUGGUAAAUAAAAAAGUUACUUUGGAGGAUGUAAGCAAGAAGAAAAUAACAUUGGAGAUGACAGUGGCAGAAGGCAAAGAUAUAAAGAUGGGUACCAAAUCAAUGUGGGACAUCGUUUCAUAUUGUAUAUUUGACAUUGAUAAACAACCAGAUAAUUCAAACUCUUUUAUUGGUCCAGCUUUUAAAUCAAACACAAUACCAGGUCCUUAUCCACAGUGGAAUUAUAAACAAAGUAUAAGAAGGUUAUUUACUUUAAAAAAUAACAACAACAAUAACAACAAUAAUAAUAAUUAA